AAAACUUCACAAGAUUCAUGUCCAAGAAACUGAGUUGACCUGGAUCAAGUCUGUUGCUUUUGGUUUACAGCUAUGGUGGAGGAAGGAAAUGUUGGAGCCGGUGAGAAGGCUGUGGAAGAAGAUAAUGGACCCAAAGGGUUGUUUUACUGUUUCUGGCGUCCAAUUAAUUGGCUUAGAAUGCUUGCAACGGAAACACAUUGGAGCUUUGUAUUCGGAGUCGUAUCUGUUUAUGGGAUAAGUCAGGGAUUAGGUGGGGCACUUGCUCGAGUCGGCACUGAGUAUUACAUGAAGGAUGUUCAAAAGGUACAGCCUUCUGAGUCGCAGGUUUAUUCUGGGAUUAUUUCUAUCCCUUGGAUUGUGAAGCCUAUUUGGGGACUUCUCACAGAUGUUGUCUCCAUUAGGGGUUAUAGAAGACGCCCCUAUUUCAUUCUAUCUGGGUUGCUGGGUUUGGUCUCCAUGCUUUUGAUAUCGUUGCACAGCAAACUGCAUCUGGUGUUUGCCCUGUUAGCGUUGACAGCAGGAAGUGCUGGGGUAGCUAUAGCAGAUGUGACCGUCGGCUGUGUAGCACAAAACAGCAUUAGCCAUCCUUCCCUUGCUGCCGACAUGCAAAGCUUGUGUACUUUGAUGUCUGCUAUUGGAGCUCUGGUCGGAUUUUCCAUUAGUGGUGUUUUUGUUCACCUUAUUGGUCCUAAGGGCGUGUUCGGAUUGUUGACUAUCCCUUCCGCCCUCGUGUUUUCGGUUGGGAUUGUUCUUUCUGAGCCCCAUGUUCCCAACUUUGCCUACAAAGAGAUAAGCCAGAAGUUCAUUGAGGCUGGCAAGGCUAUGUGGACGACAUUGAAAUGCCCCGAGGUUUGGAGGCCAUGUUUAUACAUGUAUUUAUCCUUUGCACUAAGCUUGAAUAUAAACGAGGGAUUGUUCUAUUGGUACACCGACUCGAAAGGCGGCCCCUUGUUUUCUCAGGACAGUAUCGGUUACAUUUUCUCAAUUGGUGCAGUUGGUGCCAUCUUGGGGGCAGUACUCUAUCAAAACAAGCUGAAGGAUGAGCCUUUCAGAGAUUUGCUUUUCUGGAUUCAGCUAUUCUAUGGUUUAACCGGGAUGCUAGAUUUGAUGCUGGUGCUGCGAAUAAACUUGAAAUUUGGGAUACCGGAUUAUCUAUUCGUCAUGAUAGGUGAAGCUGCAACUCAAAUGAUUUGGCGACUCAAAUGGAUGCCCCUUCUUGUACUGACUGCAAAGCUUUGUCCUUUAGGCAUUGAAGGCACCUUCUUUGCCUUGCUGAUGUCCAUUGACAAUGUUGGACUCCUCUCAUCUUCAUGGGGAGGUGGCUUGCUGCUUCACUUGCUGAAUGUUACUCGUACGAAGUUUGAGAAUCUAUGGCUAGCAAUAUUGAUUCGAAAUGUAUUGAGGCUUUCGCCACUCGGGAUUCUGUUUUUGGUACCCAGAGGUGAUCCCAGCUCUUCCAUCAUUCCUACUGAAAUGUUGAGUAGCAAAGAUGAGAAAGAAACUGACACUGAAGAAUCGAAGAACAUCGAGUUGGUCUCUCUUGUUAACAGCGUUGAUGGUAGAUAAUGGUUUACUAUAAUCAUUCGCAUCAAUCAAAGUCGCUGAAUACUCUUUUACAGACCCUAUGCAAGUGGGGCGUAUACAUCUUAGGGAUAGGGAGCCGAGUAACAUCUUUUUACGGUCCAUUCAUAUAAUUUCUUGAAACUAGGAUAUUUUUUUCAGUCAUAAGAUUUUACACUAUCA